UAGAUCAACUUUGACCUUCGACCUCCAGAGCGCUGAAGGUCAAUUCACCAGGCCGCCAUUUUGAUUCAUCGGAAGAGCUCGGGCAAAAUUCCUUUUUUUCCAGUUUGGCCAUUUACAAGAAAAUUCUACACAUUAGCAAUUAUUCCAGCACCAUAGACUGAAAUGGACGAAAGAAACAGCGAGGUUGGUAUGGACGAUCACCAAGCAGUGCACUCUAUCGGAACCAGCAACAGCAAGAAAUUAGACACGACAAUGGAGCAGAACAAGGAAGGGGGCAUUCCAUACGAGGAAACAUGCGGUGUAGAAUCUGACCACCAGCCCACACAGGGCCAUACAAAGCAAGGGGGCACUCUUCUGGUGAAACGUACUGUGGACAAACGCUUUGUGUGUAUGGAAUGUGACUAUAGGGCAGCCAAAAAGGCUAACCUAUUAAGACACAAAAGAAAACAUACCGGUGAGAAACCCUUUAAAUGUGACCAGUGUGACUAUUCUGCUGCACAUAAAGUUUCUUUAGACCUUCACCUUACUAAACACACCGGAGAUAAGCCAUUUAUGUGUGGACAGUGCAAAUACAGGACUGCUAACAGGUCUCACCUAUCCGUGCAUAUGAGAACACAUACAGGUGUGAGACCCUAUAAAUGCGACCUGUGUGACUAUUCUGCUAAAACGAAAGACCAUUUAGACGACCACAUGGCUAGACACACCGGCGAAAAACCCUACAUGUGUGGUGAAUGCGGAUUCAGGACGGCUAGCAGGUCUCACCUAUCCGUGCAUAUGAGAACACAUACAGGUGAGAAACCCUAUAAAUGCGACCUGUGUGACUAUUCUGCUGCACAGAAAGGCCAUUUAGACAACCACAUGGCUAGACAUAAGGGAGAAAAACCCUUCAUGUGUGGAGAGUGCGGAUACAGAACUGCUAGCAAGUCUGACUUGUCUCGACAUAUGAGAACACAUACAGGCGAUAAACCUUACAAGUGUAACCAAUGUGCUUAUUCUGCAGCACGGAAAGGACAGUUAGACCGACACAUGACUAAACAUAGUGAAGAAAAACCCUAUAAAUGUGACCAAUGCGUCUAUUCUGCCGCAACGAAUAGCAGUUUAGAUCAACACAUGGCUAAACACAACAAACCCUCCAUGUGUGGAGAGUGCGGAUACAGGACGGCUGAGAGAUCUAACCUUACUGUACAUAUGAGGAAACAUACAGGUGAGAGACCCUAUAAAUGUGACCUGUGUGACUAUUCUGCUACACAGAAAGGCCAUUUAGACGAGCACAUGGCUAGACAUAAGGGAGAAAAACCCUUCAUGUGUGGAGAGUGCGGGUACAGGACGGCUAGCAAGUCUGACUUGUCUCGGCAUAUGAGAACACAUACAGGUGUGAAACCUUACAAGUGUGACCAAUGCGAUUAUUCUGUCUCAAAUAUAAGGUAUUUAAAGAAACACAUGGUCACACACGCCUCUUGAAGAACAACAGUUUGUCGGCUCCUUGAACAAGUACGUAAGAUCUGCACAUGGUCAACCAGACCGCUGAGAAACCCUACAUACGACGUAUGAGUGGAGCGCGGCAUCUAGAGACAGUGUCGUCCAUCAAAGUGUUCUGCCGUUUCCUUUUCGUUCAGAUUCUCUCUGUACAUAUCUAAUAUUAUAAUCUAGACUUUGAUGUAUAUAGUUGCCGAUUUGAACCGAGAUAGCGCAUGCCCUGUUCUUUCAGAAACGGCUUAUUACUGUUGUCAUAACGAAUAGUUGCUGAUAUUCUAGGUGAUAAUGCUACCUUAAUAAGAUGAAUGUCAAUAUAACACAUUGACUUGUCAAUACU